AUGGGAUUUUUUAGUAGAUCUGAGCCAGCUGAAAAAAAAGCUCCGGUAAAUAAAGCAAAUUGGAUAAAAGUUGAUAAAAUGAUCACUCAACCUCCAAAAGAAUUAGCUGCUGCACCACCAACUUAUACUAAAGAACAAGAAGCCGUUUAUGAAAAAGUAAUAACUCACUUUAAUAAAGAAGGGUAUAAAUUGCCAGAAAAAGUACAAGAUUAUACUUCUAAAGCUUAUAAAACAGAUGAAUCUUCUGUCACUAUGACCCCACUUUCCACUUGGGAAAAGUUUUUUUUAACUAGAGAAUGUUUAUACAGAUUUUUAAGAGCUUCUAGAUUUGAUUAUGAAACCUGUAUUCAAAAACUGGAAGAAACAAUAGUUUGGAGAAGAGAAUUUGGGUUAACUUAUGAUCCAGAUCGUAGUGCAACCGAUUUGGACCCAAAUUCGUUUGAAAAGGAAAAUAGAACUGGUAAGCAAGUUAUUCUAGGGUAUGAUAAAGAUAAUCGUCCAUUAGUUUAUAUGAAGGAUGGUAAACAAAACACAGACCCAUCUAUUCAUCAAGUUCAUCAUUUAGUCUAUAUGUUAGAGUGUACUAUGGUUAUGACACCCAUUGGUAUGGAAAAAGUGGGUGUUAUGGUUGAUUUUAAACAUUAUCCUGAAAUACCAGGGGUUUUGAAAAAGAAGAAAAUGACGCCAAUUUCUACUGCAAGAGAUUGUUUGCAUAUUGCCCAAACUUAUUAUCCGGAAAGAUUAGGUAAGGCUGUUUUCAUUAAUAUUCCUUGGUUGGGAUGGACUUUUUUGAAAUUACUGCAUCCAUUUAUUGACCCUGAUACUAAAAGUAAAUUAGUUUAUGACGAGCCAUUUGAAAAAUAUAUUGAUGAUACUCAAUUAGAUAAGGACUAUGGUGGGGAUCUGGAUUUCACUUACGAUCAUUCAGUUUAUUGGCCAGAUAUGUUAGAGAAAAUUGGUAAUAGAAGAAAGAGACAAUAUGACAGGUUUAUGGAAUUGGGUGGUAAAAUAGGUACGAGUGAAUAUGAAUUAAAGAAAGUUAACAAGUUGGAAUGA